GAAGAAGAAGAAGAAGAAGAAGAAGUUGAGAACAACACUCCAGAACCAGCAAGCGAAGUGUUCCAGGAGGAGCAAGAAGAGGAGGUCCAACAGCCAAACCCCAUGGCCAGAGAGUGGGGUGAAGACAUUGACUGGGUCCAGACAUACCAGGAUGCCCUAAACAUGGCUCGAUCCAGACAGAAACCUCUCAUGGUCAUCCACCAUCUCGAUGAGUGUCCUCUCAGCCAGGGUCUGAAAGCUGCGUUCUCUGCCCAUGAGGAGAUCCAGAGGAUGGCGAAGGAGGACUUCAUUAUGUUCAAUGUAGUGCAUGAGACAGGAGACCGCAACCUUGCCCCUGACGGCUACUAUGUGCCAAGGAUCAUUUUUAUUGACCCGUCACUGCUGAUCAGGAUGGACAUCACUGGAAAGAGCGAGACACAUAAAUACACCUACACACACACCGACGUGGAGCUGUUGAUGGAAAACAUGAAGAAGGCAAGGAUUCCACACAACUCCAUGCCGUAGAUUCCCCCCACCGGGCUCGUCAGCAUUAGUAGCAUCUGCAGGGAAUUCAGGGGGGGGGAUUAUCUCUCUGGUUUUGUCAACACGCAAUAAAUAAAAAUGUAAAACAGAUUUCGGUACUCUUUUCAGUGUUCUUUUGUUGAACGGUAAGCAAGGUUUUCACAAACCACCUUGGAGAACACAAGCAGUCCAAUCACACUGGUGCACUUUCAUGUGUGGCCAGAAUCCUGGCAUUUUAAGCCUUGUAUACAGGAAGUAUGGAACAGGAAACAAUACAGGCAGCCUCGGUGUCAUGGUGAUCCAUGAAAAUCUGUGUCUACAACAUUUAUUGAAAUGCCACCAAUAAUUGCUUUACGGCAAAAUACCUGCAAUGCAAUGGCGAGGAGGCUGGUGGAGAAAUAUAAGAGUGAGAGAAAGAACUGGCAAAAGCAGAGAAGGAGAAGGAAAAAAUAUGAAAAGAUGAUGUCUGUAUGCAUCAGAGGCCUUCGGUUUUGUCUGACGUGUUGUCUUUCUCAUGUCAGUUUUUGUCAUUUUUGU